AUGGGCAGCCUGGAUGGCAAGAAGUACCAGCGCCGCUGGGUGGAGCUCACGGAGGACGCGCUGACCUAUGGCGCGUCGCAGCAGGAGGUGCAGACGGGGAAGGCGCGCGUUUACGCAGGGCGCGACCUUCUGUGGGUGCGGCCAGAGGAGGAGCUCAAGUUCACGGUGCGCUUCCCCGAGCGCUACCUGACCUUCAAGGUUGAGCGGGGCGGCGGCGCUGAGCGCGACAGGUGGGUCGCUGCUCUGCAGGGGCUCAAGGACGCCAUUGAGGCCGAGGCCGAGGCGGCCGAGCAGGAGCAGGCAGAAGCUGCUGGCAGCCAGGCGUACCUGGAAAAGCUCAAGCAGGGGGCUCGCAAAUCUCUGGCGUUGAGCCGCACCAACAGCCCGCACGCCAGUGCCUCCGGAGCGGGCGCAGCUGCGGUGCCAGUGGAUGCCAGCCGCAGCGGCGGCAGCGGUGCUGGUGGGGGCCGCCCACCUUCCCCUAGGUCUCUGCUGGCCAACCCUCACCUGGGUGCUGCCUUCAUGUCAGGCCCUGGCUCGCGGCCCGUCUCAUCCAGGGGCGCGGCUGCGCUGCGCCCGCUCUCUGGCAGCAGCUGCUCCAAGCUGCCAACCAACCUGGCGCUGCAGGCUGCAGGGGGUGGGGCACUUGGCACUGGCGGCAGCGCGGCAUGCUCCAGCAGCGGCGGUGACGAAGAAGACGAGGAGGAGCCCGCGAGCGGCGCCUUUGCGCACGUGCGCUCCCCGCGAGGCGGCAGCCAGCCCGGCAGCCAGCCUGGCAGCCGGCCGGGCAGCAGGAGCUUGGACCUGCGGGCGCCAGCUGGCGAGGCGCUGACACCCAGGGGCAUCCUCAAAGCGUCAUCCGCCGGCCGCGCCAGCAGGGGCAACAGUGCCAGCAAUGGUAGCAGUGCCGGAAGCCGCGGCGGCGGCGGCACGGGCGCCGACGGCGGCAACACCUACCAGCCGCUCGUGGCGCCCGGGCCGCAUGCAGCACCACCGCUCACCGGCGUUAGCCCGCCAAUCAUGGUUGCGACGCGGCCGCGGCCGAGCCUGGCACGCAUGCAGACGCCGGGCGUCUUGCUUGUGGAUACCAACACCGCAGCGCCAGCCCCGGGCCCCUCCUCGGCAUCACCACCGCCACCGUCCGCGUCGUCUCGGCGCGACGGCUCUGCGACAAGUGCGAGCGUGCACGAUCAGCAACCUCAGCGAGAGCAGCAGCAGGGGCCAUUGAAUGAUCCAGCGACCAGCGAUGACGAGGUGCUGAGGCUGGAUUCAAGCGAGCUGGUGGCAACACCUCGGCCGCGCCCCGCACCAAUACCGAGCGCAGCGGUGCCCGCGCCGCCCGCUGUGCGGCCGGGAUCCGGGGCUGGGUCGAGGCCGGGCACGCCCCUCAAGUCGGCCAUGAAGCAGGGCAGCGGCGCCAGCAGCGGCGCCAGCAGCCCCGCGACACCCCCAUCACCGGCGGUCGCGAACAGCGCCGGACGCAUUGGGGCGCAUACGCCCGCAGCAGCACUGCCGCCUUGGACGCAGCAGCAGCAGCAGCAGCAGCAGCAGCAGCAGCAGCAGCAGCAGCAGCAGCAGCAGCAGCAGCAGCAGCAGCAGCAGCAGCAGCAGCAGCAGCAGCAGCAGCAGCAGCAGGCAGGCGUCUGCGCCGCUGAAGACUGGGACGCUGAUGAGGUUGAGGCGCAGCUGUUGGAGCUGAGCGCAAGCCUGCCACGUUUCGCCCACUGA